AUGGCAAAGCAAUAUGGAAACAUUUACACCCUUUGGGUAGGGCAUCUGCCCUUUGUAGUGCUGUCUGGAUUCCGAGCAGUGGAAGAAGCGCUCGUUGACCACUCUGAAUAUUUUGAAGACCGACCACGUACUCCUUUCCUUAUGACUGUAGGAAAAGGAAAGGGUAAGUAGUGAAAUGUGAGAAUUUCCACUGGUAUUUUCCCCAGGGAAAACAUUUAAAGGGCUGUCUGGAAAAACAGAACAACAGAGCUUCUCUAUUAAUGUUGCACUCAACAGGAAAUGGGUUGUAGACAGUACUAGUUCUAUUCAAAGUAGACCCACUGAAAUUAAUUGGCAUGACCAAUGUAGGUUUAUUAAUUUCAGUGGGUCUACUCUAACAUUGUUGAAUACAACCCAGUGCUCUCUAGCAAGUGCUCUCUGGAAGUAGCAAUUGUAAUGCACUGUGGUAAGAGUCAGCUGCAGGCAGAAGUUUGUUGCCUGUUGCCAUUUUAAUGCAUUUACUGGCUUGGAUCUCAGUGCUGGAUGAAGAACUUGAAUUCCUCGCUCUUUCUACCCAAGGCUUUGAUGCCUACAUCAGACUGGUGCAUUGCCAAGGCACAGGUUGUAGCAGGUAUAUAAGAGGUAAAGACACCUGGCUAAGUGCUAGCUAAGAUGUUGAUCUAACAUCCCACACAGCUUUUAUUGCAGUAAGUGAGCAGAGUUCCUAGGUUGGGGAGCAAGCCAGCACUCCUUUGAGCAUGUUGGACUUGCAAGGUUAGUUCAUACAUGGCAUCUCUGUGCCCUUGGAGAUGGAGGCAGUGUUGGUGCCAGUUUGGCACCCAAUUCACUCUCAGUCCCUUUGCCAGGAUGAGGGAACUGCCCAACUGGCUUUUGCUGUGUCCAGAAUAUGUUGCAGAAUACACACCUUCAAUAAAACACCAGUCUGGUGGCGCCAGUAGAAAAAUAACUUAUUGACAUCACACACCAGUGAAAUUAUAUCCUUAAAAACAGUGUGGAAAACUUAGCUGAAAUGGGUUUUUGACUGAAGUUUACUGCUGGUGUUUAACAUUCUAUGAAAGCUAUGAAAGCUCAAGUGAUACCUCAAGUGAUUGCAGAAAUUUGUUGCUUAGUGUCAGGGGACUGCCAUCGAAAGCGGGGAGGGAGGCAGAAACGUACAGGGAGCCUCCGACUUUGCUGAGUAGUAACACCUCGUCAGAGACUGGUGAGAGCAAAGCCUCCGGUGAAACGGAGGAGGAAAGGAGGGGGGAAGUGAGGCAAAGGCUCACAGAGGUUACUGCGAGCCCUAGCACCACUGUCAGGCAGGCUGAUAGGGAAACAGACAUGCAGCUUCUAUCGCUAGUUUUCGCAAGGGAGUCAAACGUAAGGAAAAGAGGAAGCUGGGGGUGUCGAGGUUCUUAAGCUGGGGAGGGAACAGGAAGAACCCACUCUUGGAAUCUGCUAGUGACUGAGGCAGACAUGAACUUUGGGCUUCUGCACUGUAUAUAAAGGUAAAGGUAAAGGGACCCCUGACCAUUAGGUCCAGUCGUGACCGACUCUGGGGUUGCGGUGCUCAUCUCGCUUUAUUGGCCGAGGGAGCCGGCGUGCAGCUUCCGGGUCAUGUGGCCAGCAUGACUAAGCCGCUUCUGGCAAACCAGAGCAGCGCACGGAUACGCCGUUUACCUUCCCGCCUACUUGCACUUUGACGUGCUUUUGAACUGCUAGGUUGGCAGGAGCACGGACCGAGCAAUGGGAGCUCACCCUGUCACGGGGAUUUGAACCACCGACCUUCUGAUCAGCAAGUCCUAGGCUCUGUUGUUUAACCCACAGCGCCACCCGUGUCACCAGCGCCACUGUAUAUAGUUUGCACCUAAUAAAACCUGUAAAAAGGCAGGUCGGAGUCCUGGCUCUUUACUCGUGAGCAACCAUAUGCAUCCCUGACACUUAGCUCUUCCUGCAGGUGGGCGGCUGUUGUGCCCUCUCUCACUCGGUUGCCAUCCCUGGGCAGUGAGGAUGGAGUGCACAUGGCCAGACGGCUGUUGGGGGAAUUCUCACUGGCCUCCUUGAGCAGCUGGCUCAAGUUCCCACCAGCUGCUGCACUUCAAAUUGGCCAGUUAGUGGGCUCUUUUGGGGUGAUGUGCCUUGCUGGCUGAAAUGGCAUUGGCUGUGGCCUCACUUCUAGCGAGGCAGAAAAGCUGGCAGCGCCAUCCUGCCUCAGCGCAGUCAGACAAGGAGCAAAACUCUCCCCUCCUCCCUUGUCAUUAACCUUUCUUAUUAUUCAGGUCAUUUUGGGGUUUUAAAAUGUUUUCUGCUUUUCAGGUUGCUGCUUUAAAAAUGUUCUAUUCCCUUCAUUCACUGUUUAACCUUAUUUUGCUUCCCGUAUAUCUCCUGACCUUACUACGGUUGCAAAUGGUUGCAAAUGCCAUAUUAAGGGCUGGGAAGGAAUUUCCCUGUAAACAAAUUGGCUGGUGUAGAGGUUCUGCCUUCCCCAUAGCAACAGUUAAGGUAUUGGGUGGAAUCCUGGUCUUCAAGUGUGGGGUGCAUCACCCAGUAGUGAUCCUGCACCAUUUUCAGCGUACCCUGUUAAAGUGGUCUUGGUGGAUGUCUCUGUCCUGAAGCCAAGCAUGGGGAAGAUAAGCCAUAGGGCUUCCAGCAGUGGCCUUAGGAUGAUCAACGUCUUGGAGAGGCAUGGAUCACAGAUUACAUCUGUAAUCAAAAAAGGAAUCAAAAAAGUUACAUCUGUAAUCAAAAAAGUUAUGGGCAUUUUUAAUCCAGAUUGUUGUUUGUCUGAGUUAUUAAUCAUAUAUUACAUGUAGACAUUGACCCAGAAGUGGGUGGCACUCUGGCUGGGCCCACAAUUACCAGUGUAUCAGAUGCCAGUUUUCCCUACAAAAGUCAAAUUUUGAAGUGCUUUCCAGAGAUCUCGCUUUUUGCUGACACAUUAGUGCAGGAACUUCUGAGACAAUCAGAUUUCUAUUUGAUUAUCACAUCCAACUCCUUUGAUAGCUAUGCUAGGAAUAAUAGGUGAAUCAAAUCAAAUUUAUCUCAUUGGGAGAUGCUGACACAUUUGCUGGUAAAUGUUUGCUUAGAAAAGGCUGAAUGUUGGCGCUAUACAACAGGGCUGUCAAUAGACUCAUGGUAUGCUCAGGUGUGGUCUGUUGCUUUGGCCAAGAAACUGACCUGUCAGGUCAGGGUGACUAGGAGCAAGAGAACUCCUUUAUCCUUCUGCAACACUUGGCAUCCAUUCAUCUCCCAAAUGAGAAGUGAAUUUUUUUCCUUCCAGGGAAAGAUGGAAACUUGUCAACAUUACACAUCUGUUAAAUUAUAUCCUUAAAAACUGUGGGGGGUGUCUGCUGGGGUUUAAAGUUCUGAGAAAGCUCAUGUGAUACCGUAUUUUUCACUCCAUAGGGCGCACCGGACCAUAGGGCGCACCUAGUUUUUAGGGGGGAAAUAAAGAAAAACAUUUAUUUUCCCCCCCAGCCCCAAAGAGCAAAGAAGCCAAGACAGCGAGCAGGAUCCAUCCCACUGUCUGUCUUGGCUUCCUCUCCAGCUGGGAGAAGCUGCGCGCGGCUUCGUUUUUAGCUGCGGGGCUGGGGCGGGGGAAGCCCGAGCUUACCCCGACCCCAGCCCACAGAACGGGUCCGGGAGUGGCGGCAAGGUUGCGAAGCCUUUGGAGCAUAGCGCGAGUUCCUGCUGCGCUCCAAAGGCUUCAGGAAUAGCCGCCUCUCCUGGCUUCAGCAAAAGGAACCCGAAGCCUUUGGAGCGCAGCGCGAGUUCCUGCUGCGCUCCAAAGGCUUCAGGCGGCUAUCCCUGAAGCGUGGAGAGAGAGAGGGGUCGGCGCUCACCAUCUUGCUCUCCAUCUGCUCCAUAGGAUGCACACACAUUUCCCCUUCAUUUUUGGAGGGGGGCAAGUGCGUCCUAUAGAGCAAAAAAUACUGUACUUGCAAGUUCAGUCUUUGUUGCAGAAAUUACCAGCAUAUUAGGUACCAGUUUUCCCCACAAGAGUCAAAAUUGAUAGAGACGUCCAGAGAUCUCACUUUUUGCUGGUACUGCAAAGUGGAGGAACUUCUGAAACAAUCAGACUAGCACACAAAUUGAGACAGCUAAAACUUGGGGGUGAACCAAUGAUGAACUUCUAAAUGAUGAAAGGCAACGGAAAGUGACAUUCUGGUGGGAAUUGUGUAAAGUAAGCAAUGCUGGCCUAUAUUGUAGAGAUACUCAUGCAUUAAAUUGAGACGGAGUCAGAAUCAACUAGUAAUUCUUUGCAUUACAGAGACUAAGCAGAUCUUACAUGCAAAGGCAUGAACUUCAGUUCUGGGCUAGAAACUUAAUUUUUAACACUAAUUUCUGAGAGCAAUAAUUUGUCACUGGUUUUUCUUUUUUUCUUUUUCUUUUUUUAAAAUAAAUUUUAUUUUCAAUACAAAUUACAACAAAAAUUACAAACAUUGAAUCCGAAAUGAAACUAUACAAACAAGAAAGAAAAACAGAACACAAAAUGAAAAAAGGGAAAAAAGAAAAAAGCACACAUCUACAAAUAAAACCAUAUCUUCAUUCUAAUCUAGUCAUUACAUACAUAUACACAUAUUGACUUCCUUCCUUUGUUCUAAGACCUCAAAAGUUUUACUCUUUCUAAAUUGCUGUGUCUAAUGUAGAUUACUUCUAUCUUUAUACUUUUUACACAAUUUUUCUUUUUCUUUAACCCUUCAAAGCAUCAUUCAUUACAUGCCAAUAUGCUUACUCCAGAACAAUGUUUUUUCAUAUACUCUUUAGCAUAUCCCCAUUCUUUUAAUAAUUUCUGGUCCGAUUGUCCCCUUAUAAAUGCUGUGAGUCUUGCCAGAUUUAUAUAUUCACAAAAUUUAAUUUGCCAUUCUUUCAUUGAUGGAAUUUUUCUCCCUUUCCAAUUUUUUGCUAUAAGCAUCCUGGCAGCUGUUGUUGCAUAAAAGAAUACUUUCCUUUGAUUGUCAGGAAUAUCAUUUGUGAUUAUACCUAGAAGGAAUGCCUCCGGUUUUUUACUAAAAGAUAUUUUUGAUUUCUUCAUAUGUUUCAUUCCAAAAUUGUUUAAUAGGUCGGCAUUCCCACCACAUGUGAAACAUUGUUCCUAUUUCUUUCUUGCAUCUCCAACAGGUAUUUGAUUUUAAUUUGUAAAUUUUAGCCAAUUUUACCGGAGUUAAGUACCAUUGGUACACCAUUUUCAUCAAAUUUUCUCUGAUUGUGUAACAUGCCGUAAAUUUAAUAUCACAUUUCCAUAAUUUCUCCCAUUGGUCCAACCGAAUUGCGUAACCUAUAUCGCAUGCCCAUUUAGUCAGAACUUUUUUUACUUCAUCCUUUAACUCCCAUUCUAAUAAUAAAUUAUACAUUUUGGAUAUACUCUUUUUCGAGUUUUGUAAUAAUACUUUUUGUAAUUUUGAUUCUUCUUUUUCAAAUCCUAUUGCUUUAUCCUGGUUAAAUAUUUGAGCAAUUUGAUGAUAUUGUAACCACGUGGUGCAGUAUUGGGUCACCUCUUCGUAUGGUCUUAAUUUUAAUUGGCCCUGUUCCUCCUUUAGGAGCUGCUGGUAUGUCGCCAAUCUUCCUAUCGUAUUUUUCUUUUUAACGGAUAUUACUUCUAACAGUGAAACCCACCAUGAGGUUUUCAGUUCUAACAACAUUCUAUGUCUCACCCAGACCUUAUAUAACAAAUUUCUAAUUACAUGACCUUAGAAAGUCUUUAAGCACUGCCAUUUUGUUGUAAAUUAGAUAGGCAUGCCAACCGUAUCUGUUGUUCCAUCCCUCCAAGUCUAAAAUGUCAUUAUUAUCUAAAGUAAUCCAGUCUCUGAUCCAACUAAAGCAUGCCGCAUCGUAGUAUAUUCUCAGGUCUGGGAGUCCAAAGCCACCCCGUUCUUUUAUGUCAGUUAAUAAUUUAUGUUUGAUCCGUGGAUUUUUGCCUUGCCUUAUAAAUUUUGUUAGAUCCGUUUUCCAUUUUUUAAAACAAUCAUCUUUACCUAUUAUGGGGAUGAUUUGAAAAAGGAACAGGAAUUUUGGUAAGAUAUUCAUUUUAAUAGCCGAAAUUCUACCCCAGAGUGUUAAGUUCAAUCUUGUCCAAAUUUCCAUUUCUCUUUUUAUUUCUUCCCAAUUUUUUUUAUAAUUAUCUUUAAACAAAUUUAUAUUUUUCAUUGUUAUUUGAAUUCCUAAAUAUUUCACAUUUUUACAAAUUUGUAAUCCAAAUUUUUCUACCAGUUCCUUUUUCUCUUGGUCUCCCAUAUUUUUUACCAUUAGUUUCGUUUUUUCUUUAUUCAAAGCAAAGCCUGAAACCUUUCCGAAGUUUUCCAUUUUUUCUAGAGCCUUUGCUAUGCUUUCCUUUGGGCUUUCCACCAUUAACACUAAAUCAUCAGCAAAUGCCCUUAUUUUAUAUGUUUUGUCCCCUAAGGAUAUUCCAUUUAUUUCUUGGUCUAGUCUGAUUUCUUGAUUUAGUAUUUCCAAAACCAAAAUGAAUAAUAAUGGUGAGAGCGGGCACCCUUGUCUGGUGCCCUUCUGUAUUUUAAAAUAAUCAGUCAUGUCAUUAUUAUUAUUAUAUUUGCUUCUUGUUGUUCAUAGAUUGCUUUUAACCCUCUUGUAAUUUGGUCUCCCAUGUCCAUCUGGUCUAAUAUUAUUUUUAGCAAUUUCCAUGAAACUUUAUCAAACGCCUUUUCCGCAUCCACAAAUACAAAGGCUACCUUCUUAUUCGGUUUCAUGUCUAAAUACUCGAUCAUAUCAAUCACUGUUCUUAUAUUAUCACUCAUUUUCCUGCCCGGCAAAAACCCUGCCUGCUCUUUGUUUAUACAAUCCUGCAAAACUGUUUUUAAUCUUGUUGCCAAUAUUUGUGCAUAAAUCUUGUAGUCAUUAUUAAGUAAUGAUAUUGGUCUAUAAUUGGUUAUGAACUCCUUAUUUCGUCCUUGUUUUGGGAUUACUACUAUAUGAGCCUGCUUCCAGGUAUUGGGAAUCUUCCCGUCUUCUAGUAUUCUAUUUAAAAGUAUCUUCAUAGGUGAUAAUGGUGAUUCCAUCCGGGCCUGGGGAUUUUCCCAAUUUCAUCUUAAUUAUUGCUUGAUGUAGCUCUCUCAUGUUUAUUGGAGAGUUUAGGUCUUGAAUCUUUUCUUUCUUAAUUUUAGGUAUGUCCUUUCCAUAUAAAUACUCUUUUAUUUCAUCCUCUGUCUCAGUUCCUGCUUUAUAUAGCUCAUUACAAUAUUUUAUAAAGCACUUUUUAACUUCCUCGGGAUUAUCUAAAGUUCUCCCUUCUUCCACUAUUGUCACUGGUUUUUCAUAGGCAUUAUAUUAUCAAAUGGUCACACCUGGAGGCAACAGAGACGGUUUGGUAUUGUUACUAUGCGGAAGCUAGGACUGGGGAGGAAAGGCAUGGAGCACCAAAUAGAAGAGGAAGCCCAUCAGCUAGUGGAGGUCUUUGCACGUUCAAAGGGUAUGUGAUGAUAGGUGAUGGCGCUGGGUUGUCAUAUGUCUGAAGAAACCUUUGUGUAUAACCUCUGUACAUUUUGUAAAGGAAUGUGAUAUGUUUUGUUUGAUUCCUAAUGAGCCUUAAAUGGAAUGCUAUCAUUAUAUAUCUUUAAGUGCCAAGAAAAAAUGUUCCCCUUCAAACAGGUGUUUGGCUGAUUAAUAUUCUACAGCCUUUUAAAUGUGCUUAUGGGAUGUUUUGUUAUUUUGUUUUAACUAUUUACCUGGGUUUUUAUCUUGUAUUUCUACUCUGUGAAACACCCUAGAAUCUUGUGAUGAAGGGUGGUAUAUAAACCAACCAAUCAAUUAAUUAAUUAAUUGAUGUUAAUAAACCAAUUGCUGGAGAUCCCUGCAGUUUCUCUUGUCCACCAUAAAAUACCAUUCUCCGUAUGAACAGGAGUGGCUGAACUCACAUUAGUAUAACUUUAUUUUGCAGGUCAACCACUUGACCCCUCCAUGCCCAUCACUAAUUCAGCCUCCAACAUGAUAUGUGCUGUGGCUUUUGGGCACCUGUUUGCUCUUGAAGAUAAAAGGUUCCAGAAGCUGAUAGAAGCCAUGAAUUUUCUCCUAAAAUAUCUGUGUAGCUUUGCUCAUUUUGUGAGUUGUCUUUUUCAUUCCUACUGAGCCUGACAGGUCUCCCAAGUGCCUUAAAUCCCUCAAUCAGCAUUCUGGAAUCCAUUACGAUAGAAGUUAGAGCAUUGGAAAACUGAGUUCAGGUUUAAAUCUAAUCUGAGAUAAGGGCUAUUUACGAUCUCAUAGCAUAAAUAAUUUCUCAAGAUUAUUAUAAAAAUUGAAAGAAAGAAUAAGGAGACUAUGUCCAACCACAAGGGACUCUUUGGAGAAAAAAUUGGAUAAAAAUGGAACAAUAACCUUUCAGAACAAGUUGUCUAGAGCCCACCUUAAGUAAACAGCAGUGAACAAAAUAAUCUUCUCAAGAAGAGAAUUCUACAAUUUUAUUGUCAUUAUGGAAAAAUAAAUGUGUCUAUUCUUUGCUCACUGUAUAUCAAGGCUUAUAGGACUUGAUUGAUGAGCAUAUGUCUUGGCAGCCAUAUUUUGGACCAAUUUAAGAUCCCGGGCUAUCUUCAAGUUUUAAGAAAGACAAGUAUUAUUGGGGGCAGGGACCUACUAUAGCACAUUGACGCCAAACAUCCAAAUGAGCACUGAGCAUACACAGACCACAGACCAGGACAUGUUGGUGAUAUAAUUUGGAAAUGCAAGGACAGCAUGGCUGGCUGGCUAGAUCCAUAAACUCCACAUGGCUACAUUUUGCUGAGGGUGUGAAGGUUGUCUGCCUGGAAUAUACAAUGGCAGUAUUUGAACCUUUGUGCCGUAAAUAUUCAUACAUCUCUAAAUUUCCGGCCAUGUGACCUGGAAGCUGUACACUGGCUCCCUCGGCCAAUAAAGCCGCAACCCCAGAGUCGGCCACAACUGGACCUAAUGGUCAGGGGUCCCUUUACCUUUACCUAAAUUUUGGGAACAUCACUAGUAAGUUUCAGGAGAGCCAUAAAUGCCCAUGUUUGAAUAGUGCUACCAUAACCGUUGAAGAGUUCAACUCUAAACCCAACAGAGGUGCAUUGAUUUUCCCAAGGGGGAGGGGCAAAUCAAUCUCCUGAUUUGUAUUGCAAGCAGAGGAGCUGCAACUUAGCAGUGUCAGUCAUUAUGGCGCCUAUGGUGUGGCUCCUUUGCUGGAUUUUUAAAAAAUGAAACAGAGGUCUGCAACUCAAGCAUUCCCUGCACUGCUAAGGAAAGCAGCCCCCUUCUGUAUGACCUCAGCUAAACCCUUUUGACCUGAGGGGGAUGGGUGGACCUGACAAUUUCAGUUUCUCUUAGUUUCUCAUUUUUCCUGUCUUAAAAUUGGUUCUCCACAUUUCUACAUCAAUUUCUGAUAUGUUUUUUUUUUUAAAUUCUCAUGAAAUUUCAUCAGCAUUUUGGUGCUAAUUUCUCCUAAUGCACACAUUUGUAUGCAAUUUAGCAAAGUUGCAAAUUGCAGGUUUGAAUGUUAUUAGAGCAUCUUAAGCAUCUGCAGUCCCACUAUGUGCUCUGACAUACAGACCAAGGACAUGUUCUAUGAAGAACUAGAGCAGGCUGUCAGGAGAGGGAGCUUGCUAUUGCUGCAAAGGGUGAGGUUCACAUUUGUGAACUACAAAUUUGUGCCUUAUGAGAAGAUGUUUCCUGCACUGAGAAAGGCAAGGAUCAGAUGAUGUGUCAAUGACUACUCGCUAAAGCUAUAUCAAACAUUCAACUCACUGCUGACAGUGAAAAAUGUAUGAAGGCAUGAAGACUGCCUUUGGACCAACAGCCAGGAAAACUGCACCACUGAAAACCUUGUCUGGAGACACAGCAGCAAGCAGAUGAAGUGAUGGGCAGAUCAUUAUCAUGAAUUGUGCUAUGGGAAAACAUGGUCUCAAACACAUUGACAGUAUCCAGUCUUUGCCUCUCUUUGAAGUGCUGAAUGUCCCUCUCUCCCUUGACAAGCUGAAUAACACCUUCAACUCUCAAGCAUGUGGUACAACCCCAGGACAGGAUGGAAUCCCAACGGAAGUGCUGAAAGCUGGUCUCAAUUCCUCCCUCAUGAUAAUAAUAAUUUAUUAUUUAUACCCCGCCCAUCUGGCUGGGUUUCCCCAGCCACUCUGGGUGGCUCCCAAUCAAAUAUUAAAAACGCAUUACAGCAUUAAACAUUAAAAACUUCCCUAAACAGGGCUGCCUUCAGAUGUCAUUUAAAAGUAGGAUAGUUGCUUAUUUGCUUUGACAUCUGAUGGGAGGGUGUUCCACAGGGCAGGCGCCACUACCGAGAAGGCCCUCUGCCUGGUUUCCUGUAACCUCACUUCUUGCAAUGAGGGAACCGCCAGAAGGCCCUCCGUGCUGGAUCUCAGUGUCCGGGCUGAACAAUGGGGGUGGAGACGCUCCUUCAAGUAUACAGGACUGAGGCUGUUUAGGGCUUUCAAGGUCAGCACCAACACUUUGAAUUGUGGUUGGAAACGUACUGGGAGCCAAUGCAGGUCUUUCAGGACCGGUGUUAUAUUGUCCCGGUGGCCAGUCCCAGUCACCAGUCUAGCUGCUGCAUUCUGGAUUAAUUGCAGUUUCGUGUCACCUUCAAAGGUAACCCCAUGUAGAGUGCAUUGCAGUAGUCCAUGCACCACUCUUGCGAGACAGUCCGCAGGCAGGUAGGAUCUCAGCCUGUGUACCAGAUGGAGCUGGUAGACAGCUGCCCUGGACACAGAAUUGACCUGCACUUCCAUGGACAGCUGUGAGUCCAAAAUGACUCUCAGGCUGCACACCUGGUCCUUCAGGGGCACAGUUACCCCAUUCAGGACCAGGGAGUCCUCCACACCAGCCACUCCCUGUCCCCCAAGAACAGUACUUCUGUCUUGUCAGGAUUCAACUUCAAUCUGUUAGCCACCAUGAUGCACUUUCAUGGGUUCAUCUUGCAGUGUUGGAGGAAAUAAUCCAUGCCAGAAGACAGGUGUGACCUGUUUAUCAUGGAGCUAUCAUGGAAUCACCCUGUGGUUCUCAACAAAUUACAGUCACUCACUGACAGGGUCUAUCCCCAAUUGCAACGUGGCUUUGGAGCUCAGAGGUCAACAGUCAAAAUGAUUUCCUCUCUGUGCUCCCCUCUGCAGGAGAAAUACUGAGAGCAGAGACGUCCCUUGAACAUUGCUAAUCCAAAGCAUGAACCAUGUGACCAAAUUUUCUCUAUCUUUCCUUUAGCUAUAUGAAAUGUUCCCAUGGCUUAUGAAACAUGUCCCAGGGCCUCACAAGAAGGCAUUGUACUGCCUGAAGGCAAUGCUUUCAUUUGCAAAGGAGGAGAUAGAGAAGCAUAAGGAGAAUCUAUCUCUGCAUGAGCCACAGGAUUUCAUUGAUUUCUAUCUACUUCAGAUGGAGAAAGUAAGUAUCUAUUUUGCAACUGAAUACUGUUCAUCCCAGGAGUCAUUAUAUUCCCUGUUACAUGUGAAUACUAAUCUGUUGCCAGGAAACCAACAUUUUUUUCUGAAUCUCAGCUGGAAACCACCUUGAGCUUUCCCCAAAUUUCUUUCACAGUUUUUUAUUUGCUAAAAAAUAUUAUUAUUAUUAAAGUGGGUGAACAUCCAUCUAUUGAAGCAUCUAUUGAAAUGGCUAGGAAAAGGCAGAUAUUUUCAUAACCCCAAAUAUGAGUGUGAAUGAGUGGGAGUUCAUGUGUGUUGAGGGGUCUUCCUUAUGGAGCAUUGUUUCUGUACAUAAAUUAUUUUGUAUCGUUGUUCAUCUCACAUUCAGACAUGGACUGAGAAAACAGAAAAGCACUGCUUGUUGGUUCAAUGAUUUCAUUUUCACCCCACUUUUCUUCAGUGAAGGAUUUGUUGGUACAUAGUUCUAACCCAUGCUAUCCUUUGCAGGACUGUACACAAUGCCACCAAUCUACCCAGUGGACACAAUCUGUGGCUUACACAUCUGGCCAAUUUUCUGUAUGCCAACCCAGGCACCUCCAGUUAACAGCGAUCAAAUCAUACCGCUCCUGGGGGCAGAUCCAGGGGUGAAGAAAGGCUGUCUGGCACCCGGUGUGGGGUGUCAAGGGGCGGGGCAAACCACCCACAGGGGCAGGGCAAACCGCCCAGCUGAGCAUGUGCAGUGCCACCAGGUAUGGCACAUGCGCAGCGCCACUACGUACAGCGGCGCAGCAUGUGCGCCAUAUGGACAGCGGAGGGAUUCUCCGCACGUGGCGGCAGCGCGAUGGUGGUGUCUCACGCCACCACACCCAGGGGUGGCAGGGUGAGCCCCCUGCGGGGUGCCUUCUUGUCAUCCCCCUCAGAGAUGGCACCCUAGGCGGACCGCCGCCCCUGCUGCCCCCCCUUCCUCCACCACUGGGCAGAUCCAUUAGCAUGAAAUAAGACUUUAUUUGAAUUGCUAACCCUUUCACACCCCUCACGUUCAGGACAGAUUAAAACAUUUAAAACUAGUUGAAAAGCAGGCAAAUAAGCCACAGAUUGAAACCUCAUCUCUACCACAAAUUCAGAGCUUAACCAUGGUCACCAAAAGCCAACUCAAAAGCACCUUGGGACACUUGAAAUGUCUUAAGUCGAGUCCCUGCCCCUCUUUCUCUGCCGAGCGGUAGCAGCAUCCACCCAGGAUCUGUGUUUCUUUGGAGAAUUGAAGACAUGGCGGAGACUGUUGUGGCUUUAAGAAAUAUUCAUUACACCUUCAGUCUGCAUGGAGGAAGUCCAGAUCUUACAGCAUGGUCCUUUCAAGAGGAGUUUGUACCCCUCAGCAGCACAGCCAGCCUUCAGCCAGGCUGCCCAAGAUGGAUCUCAGCUCUUCUUCCUCCUUCUUGCUACCGGGCCAGUUACCCCAGCAACCUUCUGAUUCCCUAGUUCACACCUUCAGGCAAGGGAAAGGAGUCCUCUUGUAUUAUGAAUGUCCCUCAAUUGCCAUCUAUUGUUCUUUGAUGGACAUAGCUCAGGCACAGGAAUUCCUCUGCAGCUUGCAUUCUCCCUUCACACCCCAAAUAACCAAAAUCCUAGCAUUUAUUAAUUUGUAGGGUUUAGGGAAGGGUCCCCCUUAAAUCUAUAAAAUGUUAAAGAAAAAGAUGGCACAAUACAAGCCAAAGUGGCUCAGGUUUGAGCAUACCGUAUGGGGAAGGAAGUCUCCACAGAAGUUAAGGCAGUGACUGGGCAUACCUCUUUAAAUGCCUUCCUGUUCGAACUUGGCUCUCAAGAGGGAGUGGGUAUUCUUGGGAGAUCUAAAAAAACUGUGAGGAUAUCAAUAUAACCCUCAGUGGUUUUUUUUUUAAUAAAAUAAUAUUUAUUAGUAAUUUCAAAAUUACAGAAAAGAAAGAAAAAAAUUAAAAACAACACUACAAUACAUAAAAAAGAAUAAGAAAAGCAAAACAUAAAAACCAAUGCAAAAAUACAGCAAAAAGGGGGGGGAAAGAAAAAGAAAAGAGACAAAUCCCAUAUUACAUAUCUUAAACUUCCAUUUGCUUGUUUCAUUGACCUCCUCACGCCUCCCUUUUUGUAUUCUAGUUUAAUUAGAUAUUUCAGCAAAUCCUUUCCAUCUUUCUCAAUUUUUAUUAAAUAAUUUAUCUUAACAAUUUAACCUAUUAAUUAACUCAACAAAUCCUUUCCAUCUUUUCCCCAUAUUCUGUUAUUCAAAUUACCUUAAUUUAUUUAACCUUAUCUUACCAAAAAAUACUUUAGAGCUUAAAGCUUAAUACUCAAUUAUACAUAACUCCUGAUAUCAUUUCUACUAGAGUCAUAUAGUUUCAUUCCAACAUUUCCCCUAAUAUUCAUUAAUUUUAGGCUAAUUCCCUAGAAAAAAAAUUAUUUAUAAAUUUUCUUCCAAUCUUCAUCCAGCGUCUCUUCUUCCUGGUCUCGGGUCGUGUUAGUCCUUACUGUCCAUUCCAUCUAGUCCAUCAACCAGGUAAUCUUAUGUCCGAGGCCCUUAAGUCUCUUCCAUGUCCCUUCUGCAGAUCUUCUUCUUCUUGUUUAUACUUGCACUUUUCCUUGUCUUCUGUUGGUCUCUUUCUUAAUUUCUUUCCUUUCUCAUUGAGGAGUAGGUCUCUGGGGGAUUCCAACCCAAAAUUAUCUCCGUCUCCCUUCAUCAAACCAGCCCAUUCCCCACAGUCCCACUCGCCACAGUCAUCAAUGUAGUCCAAAGAAUAUUUAAAAGCAUAUUUCAAGGUCUCUCCAAAGUUAAGAACCUCCUCAGCUCCAGACUCCCCCUGGCCCCCUCCAACUUCAACCUUCAAAGACAGCGGCUUAUGCUCCUGUAGGGCCUCGGGUCUCUCCAUUUGUAUUAUUUGAAGUGCAACCGCAACCUCCUCCAUUAUCUUCUGCACUUGCCCAAUCAGUACAGGUUCCUGAGUUGGUUCCUGAAUGGUUUCUGUAUCAAUAUUCCCUGUUUGUCCACAGUUAUUAACCACAACAGUCACCAAAUCCAUUUUCUCAUUCAUCAAAUCCAUCUUCUCAUGCAUCUGUUCCAACAAGGCACUUGUCUUGCAUAAAGCAAGCACCAAAACUUCCUCCCAGCUCAUGUUUAGUCAAGGUCAAAAAGGACUGGUCCCACGAUCUUAAUCUGACAGCUGUAGAGUCCUCAAGUAGACUGCAGCAACAAUUUAGCAAGCUCCCUCGAGAGGAGACAAUUUCUAUUUGUAUCCAUUUUUUUUAAGGCAAGUCCAACAAAGAAAAAUUACUUUCAUUUUUCAGAUAUUUUGUUUCUUUAGAAUGCAAAAGGCAACAUUGGAAUCAGUUUAUUUCUCUUCUUUAGCUAUCUGUCAAAGUAUUCCAUUCACAGUAAAUGAACCUCUCCAACAAUUUCUGUCUCUGACACCCCGUUCCCAGGUUAGAGACUGUGGAAUCUUAUCUUUCUUCACUCCCUCUCCUGCGGGCGUUAAACAAAGUCCCCCCCCCUUUUCUCCUGCUUCCAAGGGGGUUUCAGUAGUUAUAAAUGAAGGAAAUUUAGACUUUUUUAACGACUUUCCAGGCUUUAGCUUACAAGGUUUUUGCUUCAGUCUAUAUACAAAAAGCGGAAGGCGGACUUCCUGUUUUGAACCUUCCCGCUUCGGUGCCAAAUUAAGAUAUUUUCUUGAUCCAAUUUUCCGUUUCUACUCACGGGUACUUGUUUUAAAUCCAAUUGUCCACAGGAAAAAGUCAGCGCUCUCCGGCAAUGGCUGUGCGGCUUCACUCCGUGAAAGUAGCAAUCAGUUCGCAGCACCACGCCGCUCACCCCACUUCACUCCGGAGCCCCGAAAUGGGGUUCCCGGUGAGUAGGGGGGCGCUCCUGGUGCCCUGCCGAACCCCACGUUCCCAGGCUUCCUCCACCUGGGAUUUCCAGCGGGUCCCCACCUUCGCCGCGGCGGGACGACCCAGUUUCCACGGAGCCAGUUCCUCCGGUCGGAGGAACUCUGCCAUUCGCCGAUGGCGCUAACCCGGAAGUCUAAUAUAACCCUCAGUGUUACCCACCCCAGGUGUUAUUAAAAUCUGCUUAGGCUUAGGAGAAGCCGCAGUUCAAGUCCCCACAUUACCAAGAGCUGAAUAGGAUCAGUCUCUAUUCCCCACAGGAAAACAGGAACAGCAAAUGUCCCACCCUACAUGACUGUUGUGAGGGUGAAGAAUAUGAAACCUCAGUCUGGGCACAAUCCAAGUGGACAGUGGCAAAUGUCUUAUUACACGCCACACACAGGGGGAGGGGAGUCAGAAUUCAAACCCCUGACCCAUCUAUAUUCAUACACUAGAAGGUUAAAAAUAUAAUUUGUUGCGGUUCUGGACUGUCAGGAGUUAACACUCCAGGAGCCUUCUUAUCAACUGGGUGCACUGCCCACAUGAUCCAUGCUUUGUUCCUUUGAUCUGUGCUCUGUGGGGGCUGAGCUCUCUCUGGAGAGCAGUCUGUCUGGGGACGUUAGCAAGGUUGUUUCAGUUUUUGUUAAGAGGCAGAGAGCUGCGAACGUGCAGCUAGAUUCUGCAGGUUUUCUUUUCUGUUAUGAGUGCUACUAAAUAAAGAGUUUUGGAUUAGAAGCACUGGUGUCGAGCUGCGUUAUUGAGGACACCACGUCGACACAGACAAGCCAUUUGAUGCUGCAUGUGAACUCUGCUAUUAUCCAGCAACUGAGGAGACUGGCAGCGCACGGAGUGGAAGCGUGUGGGCGCCAUUGGAAGUUUGUCGGAGUAGCAAUAAAUCAAAUUUAUUGCAGGGCCGUUGCAGCAGACUCAGUGGGUCAAAGAUAUAUGACCCAACAAACUUUAACAUAAUUUCAUUAUGGUGACAAAAGAAUAAAUAAUUAUAUUUAGUGUUAAGUAGUGCACAUUUUCAGGAUACGGGUGGCGCUGUGGGUUAAACCACAGAGCCUAGGACUUGCCGAUCAGAAGGUCGGCGGUUCGAAUCCCCGUGACAGGGUGAGCUCCCGUUGCUCGGUCCCUGCUCCUGCCAACCUAGCAGUUCGAAAGCACGUCAAAGUGCAAGUAGAUAAAUAGGUACUGCUCCGGAGGGAAGGUAAACGGCGUUUCCGUGCACUGCUCUGGUUCGCCAGAAGCGGCUUAGUCAUGCUGGCCACAUGACCCGGAAGCUGUACGCCGGCUCCCUCGGCCAAUAAAGCGAGAUGAGCGCUGCAACCCCAGAGUCGGUCACGACUGGACCUAAUGGUCAGGGGUCGCUUUAGUGCACAUUUUGAAUGUGUGCUGCCAGAGAGAUUCCAUUGGAUCCCUCUCCUCCUGCCAGUGCUGGAUUAUUACCCCAAACCACAGAUCCUCAAAUGCAGCACCAGCAGCUACAACUGUGGUCACAGGAAGAUGUGCAUAGAUCUCUUGCCACAACCAACUAUGAAGCACAGGGCCGGCCAGCCCAUUAGGCAGGCUGAGGCAGCUGCCUUGGGUGGUGGAAUGGCAAGAAGUGGGAUCUUUCUAUCCAGCCCACUUUGUGGGCACUGUUGUGUGAUUCAGGUAAGGGGGGGCAGCAGUGGCAGCAGGGCAGUGGUGGUGGCAUCUUCCCAUUUUGCAGCAAGCAGUGUAAUGGGAUGCCCUGCCCUUCAUCAAGCAUAUGUUAGUUGCAUUGUAGUAACUGGGUAAAAGAAGAUAAAGUCAGUGCUGAAGGACAGAUUGUAAUGCAUGUGAAUGACUUGUCACCUUCCUCAUUUUCAACAUCAGAGCAAGAAUGACCCAGAGUCCACCUAUGAUGAAGAAAACAUGGCUUGGUGUAUUUUUGACUUCUUUGUAGCAGGGUCAGACACAACUGUCAGUUCUCUGAAAUGGGCGCUUCUCCUCCUGGCAAGUCAUCCAGAUAUCCAAGGUGAGAGAGGGAACAAUGGGAGCCUGGGCUUCUCUUGAUCUCUAGAGUGGACCGUAAUUAUUUAAAGGUUUCAUUCACAUCUAAUGAGAUGAUAAAACAAAGAACAUAAAACAUCAGAAAGAGUUAAAAGUAAGUGAGCUUAUGAUGGAAGUUUGGGGAGACAAAGCGUUAUUGAAAUAAGCUGAAUGCUUUUGACAUACAUGUAUGGCAUCACAGAGUUCUACAGCCCUUGUGAGCAUUAACCCUUUGCAUUCUGCUGGUAGCACAACACCCUACAGAAUGCAGUAGGAUGGUGACCCCAAAAUAGGAAUUUUCUAAUGUUGCUCUUGUGUUGUGGAAUGCCCUUCCCUCUGCCUUUCAUGAAGCAUUUUUGUUUUUGUUUUGGUGGAUAUUGUUUUUAUAUUGUACAUAAUGUACAGUGCCAGGAGAUGCUUAAAACAUCAAGCAUACUUCCAAAUUAGUAGAAUAAAUACAUAAAUGCAAGCCGCCACCCCCUCACUGCAGAGUAGUGUGUGCCGUGCACAAGGACGGCAGCAGAUAAGCAUGUGGCAUUGGGGGCACGUUUCCUUUCCUUUCCUCAGACCCCCUCCUUGCUCCUGCAUUAAAAGGUAAAGGGACCCCUGACAAUUUAGUCCAGUCGUGAAUGACUCUGGGGUUGCAUCACUCAUUUCGCUUUACAGACCGAGGGAGCCGGCGUUUGUCCGCUUCCACAGACAGUUUUCCGGGUCAUGUGGCCAGCAUGACUAAGCCGCUUCUGGCGAAACAAGAGCAGCGCAUGGAAACUCCAUUUACCUUCCAGCUGGAGUGGUACCUAUUUAUCUACUAGCACUGCAUGCUUUCGAACUGCUAGGUGGGCAGGAGCCAGGACUGAAGAACGGGAGCUCACCCCUUUGUGGGGCCUCAAACCACCGACCUUCCAAUCAGCAUGCCCAAGUGGCACAGUGGUUUAAACCGCAGCACCACCCACUCCUUCAUUAUUGCCCCACUUUUGCACACAUACAUUACACCCUGCUCAGCAUUCAGCCUAGAAGAGUUCUGGUGGGCUCAUUCACUCCUGAAAUUUGCUUUGGCUGUGAUAAAGGAAUCUUUCCAAAUAUAAAUGGUAGCUUAACACACAGUUAAUGUAAGCCACCUUUACCUCCGCUUGGCUUAGUGGGUGAUUUUCUUUUUGAUAAAUUCUUAUUUAUUCAGCCUGCAGAGGGCUGGCCAAGAGGUCCCCGGGGGGCGCCAUCAUUGCCCCUGCUGUGAAAUAAGUACCUGAGCCUCAUCCCUGCCUCUCCUUGCUCCAUUACAUGAGUGAUGUUAGCCAAAGAUCAAGCUGGAAAAGGAGGAUUGGUGAAACAGAGUGGGAAAUAUUGAGGGCUGAGGAGUGGAGGAUUUUUAAAAAAAAAUGUGUAAAACAGACAGCCUUGGAUCACAGACCUUCAGCAAAUCCAGCCAGCUCUGGUAACCAGAAACAGCUGAGAUGAGGUUUGCUUUCAACCUUUUCACACCUGGGAUCUAGAGCGGGGAAGAACCAUGUACACUGACUUGAGCUCCUUGGAGUAAAAAAUGGGCUAUAAAGAUAAGAAACUGAGGCUCGUUCCCAGACCCUUUUGGAAAAUAAAUGUCCAUCUGAAAUAAAAUGCAGUAUUCAAAAUAAACCUUCUGUUUCCAUCAUUUUCUUCAGAUAAAGUCCACAAGGAGAUAGAAGAUGCUUUAGGUUCUUCUCACACAAUCUGCUAUCAAGAUAAGAAGAAACUGCCCUACACCAAUGCUGUUAUUCAUGAAAUACAGCGCUUUAAAUAUGCCUUAUUUUUCGGGAUCGCCAGGAAAUGUUCAAAGGAUGUGAAGCUGUGUGGUUUUCUCAUUCCCAAGGUAAAGAAGUGUGGCAAACUGCAUUCCUGUAUCUCAAGAGCAAAGAGAAUCCUAGGGUAACAUAUUGAGAGAUGCAUAAAGCCAUAGAGGAAUUUCCUGUGUAGUCAAAAACUUGAAGGGCAGGAAAAGGGCAGCAAGAGCAGGAGCUCCAUCUGUAGACAUGUUUCACCACUGGCUAGUGCUGUUGGGAAUGUGAGGCGAUGAGGAGAUUUCACCCCUCCCAUAUCCAAGAAUCUGCUGAUGAGUCUGGUGAUUUUCCAGAGAGGAGGGGCGGUGUUCUGCUCUCUACUUAUUCCACUCCAGCCUAACAUCAGUCAGUCAGUCAGUGUGUCGGAGAGAGAGAGACUGAGUGUUAGAGAUUGUGUGUAUAGAUAAGGUUGCUGCAGCUGCAGACACUCAGUGCAGUUCAGCAUUCAUUUAUGCUUAAACCUCAUUUAGCUCUGUAUAAAGUUGUGUAUUAUAGUUGUAGAUAGAAUAAAGAAGAUAUUCUACAGAGCUGCUCUCUGAGUCGUUUAUGCUCUGCUAUACUCUGCUAUACUCUGCUGUGCGACGACUGUCUUCUUGUGGGAGUGAAUCCGGUGCUCACAACUCUAAGCUGUGAGUCCAUAGCACUUUGACCUGUUCCUGCACAGAAGGUGGUCUCUGGAAGUGCUACCCAGCUCGCCUAGCCCAGUCGGGGCUGAAGUGGAUGAGUCCAGUUGGUGGCACUGGCUCAAGGGCGAUGCUGACAGGCAGGGGAGGAACACUCAGUGGCUAGAGGUCAUCUUCUGGGUUCCUUUUAAAAGAGGGAUAGGGAAAAGGAGGUCACCCUGUGUUUCUGCCUGUACAAGUAGCUCAUUAAUUGGGGGGGGGGGGGUUGGGAAUGAAUCUGGCCUUUGGUAAAUGUGCAUUUCACACACACACACACACACACACACACACCCACACCCUAGUCAGUUUGAAUUCAGUUUGAAUUCUUCAAAGAUUAGUUAUGGAACAGUGAGGAACAAUCCAGAAAUGUAUUGGUCUGAGUGCCAAUCAUUUGUUUCUUCUUUGCAGGGAACUUAUAUUAUUCCUGAUUUCCGCUCUGUUCUUGUUGAUCCCACAAGAUGGGAGACACCUGCAGUGUUCAACCCAAACCAUUUCUUGAACAAGGAUGGACAAUAUGUGGCUAGAGAAGAGUUUCUGGCAUUUGGUGCAGGUAAAUCCAAAAGUCCAAGCUAUGUUGUGAUCUGAAAAAAGAUAAAGGUAAAGGACCCCUGACAGUUAAGUCCAGUCGCAAACGACUCUAGGGUUGUGGCGCUCAUCUCGCUUUACUGACCGAGGGAGCUGAUGUUUGUCCGCAGACAGUUUUUCUGGGUCAUGUGGCCAGCAUGACUAAGCCAUUUCUGGCAAAACCAGAGCAGUGCACAGAAAUGCUGUUUACCUUCCCUCCAGAGUGGUACCUAUUUAUCUACUUGCACUUUGACGUGCUUUCGAACUUCUAGGUUGGCAGGAGCUGGGACUGAGCAAUGGGAGCUCACUCAGUCACGGGGAUUUGAACUGCGACCUUCUGAUCGGCAAGCCAUCCAUGCCCCUGUAGGCAUCUGUAGGCAUGCUUAUUGGUCUGCUUCCAGAAAAUGGCAACAGUAGCAUGAGGGGCAGAGCAGUCUUCUACAUACCAGUCAUGAGUCUGAUUCCACUAGGUUUCAGUAGUGGCUAUUGGGUCAUAUUUGCCAUCCUGUAUUAAUGGUUCAAAUUUGUUUUAGUUUUCCAUGUUCUGUGUGUUAGUAUAGAGAUAACCAAAACCACGAGCCCUUUCCUUCCACUUGCUUCCUUCUUGUAAUUUCCUGCCCUUAUUAUGUCAUAUUAUGUAGAGUGUUUUAUAGCUACAAAGUAAUGAACCCUGGAAAGUAAGCUAUUAUUCACUUGCUGCCUUUCCCUUGUCUCAUCCUCAGGGUCUCGCAUGUGUUUGGGUAUGCUGCUGGCAAAUACUGAAAUUUUCAUCUUCCUGACAAGCCUGCUGAGGGCAUUUCGCUUCCAGCUGCCGGAAGGAGUGAAAGAACUCAAUAAAGAGGCUUUACUGGGGGCUACAGCACAUCCCCAUCCUUAUAAACUCUGUGCAGUUCCCCGCUGCAAUGCAUAA